AUCCGCGUGGGCCGUUGGGCAGGGGCAUGAGAGGCGGGGCCUGGGACGUUCCUUCGUCCAAUAAUAAUCCGCGAAGGCCGGAAGUGGCGCGGGAAAAUGGCGGGUGGCGCUAAACGGCCGCGAGGCCUGCAGGAGAAAGAGAAAAAGGUUAACUGGCGUAAAUGGAAACAAGAAAAAAAAGAAGAGAAGAAAAAAUGGAAGGAAAUAAAGCUAUUGAGAAAACUGGAAAAGAAAAGAAUGCAGGAGGUGAUAGAAAAACAAAAAGAAGAAGAAAGGGCAAAGGAAGACAAAGGACGUCAUUACACAGUUAGCAUAGCUCUGCCAGGUUCCAUCCUGAACAAUGCACAGUCUCCAGAAUUGCGGACAUACCUUGCUGGGCAGAUUGCCAGGGCCUGUGCCAUCUUCUGUGUGGAUGAGAUUGUGGUGUUUGAUGAGCAAGGAGAAGAUUCAAGGACUGUGGAAGGGCAGUUUGACGGGAUUGGAAAGAAAGGACAGGCCUGCGUGCAGCUGGCUCGGAUUCUACAAUAUUUGGAGUGUCCUCAAUACCUGAGAAAAUCAUUUUUCCCAAAACACCAGGAUCUACAGUUUGCAGGGCUCCUGAACCCAUUGGACAGCCCUCAUCAUGUGCGGUUAGAUGAGGAAUCGGAAUACCGAGAAGGAGUGGUGUUAGCCCGGCCCACCAAGCCAGGCAAAGGCUCCUUCGUUAACUGUGGGAUGAGGAAGGAGGUACAGAUAGACAGACAGCUAGAGUCUGGUCUUCGAGUCACUGUUCAACUGGACAAGCAGCAGAAUCCAGACAGUAAAAUACAGAAAGGCACUGUAGUGUCCUCGAACCAUCCACGGACUGUGUCUGGCCUGUACUGGGGUUACAAUAUCCGCUUAGCCUCCUGCCUGAGUGCUGUUUUUGCUGAAUGCCCUUUUAAAGAAGGCUAUGAUCUCUCUAUUGGAACCUCUGAGCGAGGGUCCUGUGUGGACCAGGCAACUCUCCCCUCCUUCAGCCAUGUUCUAAUAGUAUUUGGAGGUCUCCAAGGCCUGGAGGCUAGUGUAGAUGGUGACCCAAACCUGGAGAGCACUGACCCAAGUGUCUUGUUUGACCUUUACCUAAACACAUGUCCCAGCCAGGGCAGCCGCACCAUCAGGACAGAGGAAGCACUACUGAUUUCUCUAUCUGCACUGAGACCCCACAUAGAUGAGGCUGUGAGGAAAGCCCAUGGUAGCUGAAGGGG